GCUGUUGUAAGUUCAGAAGGGCCGGUCUAGUGGGAAAUUAUUUUAGAAUCAGAAUGAAUCAAGAAGGCGUACUCGCGAGUUGCGCCGUUUGCAAUCAGCAAACCCAAAGGAGAUGUGGUCGUUGUUUUAGUGUUUAUUAUUGUAACACAGAACAUCAAAGACAAGAUUGGAAAAGGCAUAAAAUCAAUUGUGCACCUAAGUUACAGGAACAGGGUUCGCGAAUUGAAAAAAAUAUUAAAUCAUCUAUCCACGAAGAAGAGAAAAAGAAAGAAACCAAAAAAGAACAAUUAAUAACCUCAUCUGUAGUGAAUAAUAAUAAAGAAGUGUUACAAGUGGGUAGUGAAACUAGACGUUUGAAAAAAUCUAAAAAGAAAACUGCCAAGAAAGAGGGUAGUGACACUAUUAGUGAUAACAAAAAUAUCUCUCAGAUUAUAGAAAAUAAUAAUGAAAGCACAGCAAGUGUUAAAGUCGAUUUAAAGGACAAAAGUGUAUUUUCAAGCGUAGUUUACUCUAAUAAAGACGUAAAUAAGAUAAGUGCCAUAACUUACGAAGGUUCGUCGGAACAGGAGAUAUUAAAUGAAAAGGCUCAGCAGUUGAGCAGCGUUGAUUUCGCGAGUGCAAGCACUUCAAAUGUUUUAAAAACAAUUAACAGAGCUGAUGUGAAAAUGCCACCUGUACCUAUUGAACAGUCAACUAGAAUGAAGGAGUACCCCGAGGCCUCACUAAAAGGUAGCGGGGCUCCAUUUAAUACCACAAUGAACAGUUACUUUAUGGAUCCCAGUGAUCCAUCCUAUGAGAUCUGCCAGAGAGUUAUCAGAGACAUGACACAAUAUGGUGUGUGCGUUAUAAACAAUUUCCUUGGUAAAGAACGGGGACAUCUUGUAUUGAAUGAAGUGCUGGAAAUGUACAGAUCGGGGAUAUUUACGGCAGGUCAAUUGGUUUCUAGCCCUGGAAGCACAGAAGCACAGACAAUUAGAUCGGACAGAAUAACAUGGAUCGACGGCAAGGAGCCUCAAUGCCAUCACAUAGGACAAUUAAUAUCACAAGUGGACAGUAUAAUACUGAAAGCUAACAAAAUGUCCAACAACGGGAAGAUGGGGAACUACAUCAUCAAUGGCAGGACGAAGGCGAUGGUAGCAUGUUAUCCUGGUUCCGGAAGUCACUACGUCAAACACGUGGACAAUCCGAAUAAAGAUGGCCGCUGCAUCACAGCAAUUUACUACUUGAAUCUCGACUGGGAUGUCAAGAGAUGUGGGGGUCUGCUCAGGGUUUUCCCCGAAGGAACCAACCAGGUGGCUGACAUCGCGCCCAUCUUCGAUAGGAUGCUGUUCUUCUGGUCAGAUCGAAGAAAUCCUCACGAAGUGCAACCUGCUUACUCAACGAGAUAUGCGAUCACAUUGUGGUAUUUCGACUCUCAAGAACGUGAAGAAGCCCUUAGGAAUUUCAAACGCGGUCAGCCCUCAUCAAGCAAGUGAUAUCGGGCCUCCGAGCAGAUACUGCUCAACCGUGUACUUGCAUGUCACUUGUACACAAUCUCACCUCUUUGUAUACAAAUUUUAAACACAGUUAUACAUCUCAUAGCUAUGUGUAUAAUCUACGAGAUGAUGAACUAUAUCGACAAACGGCUGAGAGACAUGCAAGUUUAAAAAAAAUAUAUAUUACUCAUUCGUGUACAGUUCAUAUUGACAUUAAUUAGAAAAAUUACUCAUCCGUGUCCAAUCAAUAUGAAUGUGGUAUAGUUUUCACUCUUAUUGUACAUAAGUUCUGAAAGUCAUAGAUGUUAAAAGUAUUAUGUUAUUCUAUAGUUUCUGUUGUUCACUGAUGUUAUCUUGUUUUCCUUAUCUCACUCACUCUGCUGUUUCUUUGUUUAAAUCCUAUAUGUAUUAGCGUCAGUGGGCGUCGUUUUAUUGAAGACUGAUGACAUUUCAAUAUCAUAAAGACUAUAUCUCUGUAUAUAUAUUUAUUGUAUUUAUUCGCCUCAUUACCAGUAAAGCUCAACGCCAGUAUUUAAUUAGUUUAUAAUUCAAUGUUGCCAGUUGAAUGUGGACAUGACUUUAUGGUAAUCGAGUCAUUAUUAUAUCAUUAUUAUUAUUAUUUUUUUUAUACUUAAUUUUUGUCGAUACAGAUUAUACGUGUGUUCAAAAUUUAUGUUUUUUUUUUAUCAUAGAUAAAAUAAUUUAUAAAUGUAAUUAUGUAAAUAACGUCUGUAGUUAGCUACAUAUAUGUAUAAUUAAAUUGAAAAAAAAAUACUAUUGCUGUAUUGAUGUAUGGGAUGUAUUAUGAUGUGAACCCCUGCUUUGUAUUGAAAGCGGUUUUUUUUUAUUUCUAUGAUUUUAUAACCCGUUAUCUGAAAUGAUGUCCCCGAAGCUAUUUAUUUGACUUAAGACGAAUUCCGUUUCAUGUGGACGAAACUGGCAAUAAAUUUCUCUUAUAUAAA